UUUAAAUACUUAUAUGAUUCAAUACUUCUUGUUUCGUUUUCGCAUGUUCUAUCAUAAGGAGAAUUUGUGUUCAUAUAUGACGUACCUUACCUUUGCUAAUUCAUUUAUGUUAAAAUAUCUCUGAUAUUUGAGGAAAUAUCUCUGAAAUUUGAGUCAUACAGAAUCAAAUGGAAAUAAAUUGAUUUAAUAACGAUUUAAACAUGGAGUAUGAACAGGAGUAUGAAAGGAAAUAUGCAAGUAGUACACUAUUAAGACAAGUUAAAGAGCAAAACAAAGAUUUCUGUGAUGUACCCGUGCACGUUGGAACAUGGGUCAAACGAUUCCACAGCUGCAUUCUAGUGGAGAGUGGAUUCUUCGACACGUUAUUUCACACCAGCGAAUUCAGGGAGCAUGUUACAGGAGUCAUUGAAAUUCGAGAAAGAAGUUCAAAUAUUGUAGAUGAAGCUAUUCAGUUUCUUUAUAAUGUAGAACCUAACUUGAAUAAAGACAACAUUGGUGAAUUUGUAGACAUUGCUGAAUUUCUCAUGAUACCACGUCUCAAAGCCUUCUGUGUGAAAUGGCUUGAGCAAACCGAAAAGUCAAUUACACUGAUUGCAAUCUCCCUUCCUUUAUUCACACUCUACGAUCUAGAUGUUCCUUCUGUCAGCGACUAUAUCAAGAAGCACUUAAUCGAACUCAUGAACGGAACUGAAUUACUAAACAUUGAUGCAAACUCAUUACAGUAUAUAUUGUCAGAUAAAUAUCUGUCGUAUGUUUCUAUGGAAACCAAAUUUAAAUUCUUGAUGAGAUGGGUAAAGGAAGAUUCUUUCAAGCGAAGUCAGUAUUUCAACCCAUUAUGCGAACUAGUAGACUUCUUGAGAUUAAGUCAAGCAACAAUUACCUUGGCGAAACAAGAUCCGUUGUUUGAUUCGACAGAAAAAGUUUCUAAAUAUGAAGACAAACAAAAACACAGCGAACCGGAAACAUAUAUGGCAAUGAUUGCGAAAUGUCAAGAACACUGCAAUGACAAAGAUCUGAUAAUGAUCUAUGAUGAACACAAAAAUGAGUGGUUUCGACUUAAUAUUAAUAUGACAUCCCCUAUAAGAAGCAAGUACUUCACUAACAGUAACAAUAAAUCAACGUUUUACCGAGUCCGCGAAGAUUCAUUUAAUGAACUCGUAAUAGAGUUGUGUUCUUCAGAUGGAAACAUGGUUGUUCACAGUAGGAUUAUAGUACAAUCAUACGAGAACAAAGCGACAAACUGUAAUGAUCGAAUAUAUGAUUCCAUAUACAUUAAUGGAAAUACAUGUGUUGCGACACGAAUUGAUACCUUACAGGUGGAAAGUAGAGUGGCGGCAGCAGACUAUGAUAACGGGUACCACCAACCCUAUGAUGAACCAUUAGAUCUUACAGUUAGCUGUUCAAUAGAUGAUAUACAGGUCAUGCAACUCUUGAUUGGCCACAUUGAAACGAAUUCAGAUACAACUAUUCUCUAUCCAAUGUUUUCCAUUAAAUUGGAUGACGAUGACUUUCUGAUAGACAUGUGUUGCAAUUCAAACGGUGAUGUAGCCUUGCUCAUAUCAACAUUUUUCUCGACAUCUUUCUUUAUUUACAAUAUAGGUUCGUGCUCAUUGACACAAAAUGAAAUCGCUGUAUUGGUUUUCAAAACGGAUUUGCCAUCGCCGAUGAAAAUGAAAUUACUCUUGUCAGACAUACGCAAGAAAGGAGUGAUGUUCAACAUUUCGACCAUGAGCUCUUUCCUGAUAUGAAGAUGUUUUCAACUGACAAUGCAAUUUAUCGAUAUCAAUACCAUUCAUGUGUUGAAAAUUAUUCAUUAGAUAUGGCCACCAUAGAGGAAAUAGAAGAAACAAGUAGCUUUGACCACAUUAAUUGGAGACUAUUGACCAGCCCUGAAUUAAAUGUCGAAUGUAUAAAGUCUGUAAUUGUUUUGGAGUUACCUAACCAUAUUGAUCGGUGUCAUUUGCAUUGCCCACAUUGCGAGGAAUUGCAAAGAGGACACAAAAGGAAUUAUUUUGAUAUGUGGUGGGAGUGUAUUGUUCCCGACUGUCCAAUGAACCAGUCUCAAAUGUUAUCAAAUGAACAAAGCGACAGUGAAAGCGAUAUCAUCACCGACGGAGUGGAAAGUGACCAAUCAUAAUUUCAUGUUUUUGCAUGGUGAAACAAGAUGUCUGUUUUUCCUUAUUUAUGUAGGCAAAAAAUAGUAGAAAUAGUGUCAAUACACAGACGAGAACGAACGAUGAUCUGAUCACACACACUAACAUGAUAUAAAAUGAACAAUCUAACAAUAACAAGUCGUUAAAUAAAAAUGACGAACAAAUAUAUGCAGCGAGACGCAUUCAUUAGAUUAAUAUCUAAACUCACAUUGCAUAAACUAUUUUUAUAAAUGUUUCCAAUCACCGGAUACACGCCGGAAAUCACAAUGGUUUAAAAAGAAUGACUAUUUAUCUGCACUUGCAUUAUAUUUCAUCAUAAAAUUUCUACAUGUA